UCAAAGCUGGGGAAGAUGGGGUGGCACUAAGUCUAGAAUACCCGGCUGAACUCGGUUCGGGGUUCGAGGCUUGGCUGGGUUGGCGCCCCAGGGGGCGUUCGAUUGCCCCGGGAAGGCCGUCGCACCCUGUGUAGAGGUCCGGGACAUCAGCCUGUGGGUCAACGUCGAGUGUGGGUCCUGGUGACCGCCUCAUGUGUUCACUUGCUAUAUGUGAAACCAUCAGACUAUCCGUGCUCGAAGUGGGGGAUGGCAGGAGACUAACCCUGUUAGGGUUUGCAACUGCCCUAGGUUGGGUGCGGAGAGCCGGGAGCACACCGCCCCUCGGCGGCGGCCAAGAGUGUGGCACCUCAAAGAGAAAGCUUAAUUCCCGAGGACCUAGAUUUGCCACCUACGUGCUCUAGCCCACUUUCAAAUAUCCUCGACCGAGAGGUUCGGCCUACUGGUUUGGGUCCUCACCCCUCUCGGGAUACUCUUCCUGUACUUUUGAUCCUGCAACUCCUUCCUCCAGGAAUGACCUUCCUCAUUCUUCUCCUGGCGUACACUUACGUGUUCCAAAACUCAGCUCCAGUGCCCCUCCUCCAGCACCUCCUCUUCCUCCAGGGCAUGGCUCCCUUUUUUUUUUUUUUUUUUUUUAUCCCCAGCGCCUAGAAGGGUCGGGGGAACUGAGUUGAGUCGCUCGGUUCUGCAGGACCUGGGUUCAGCUGCCAGACGCGGGCUUCCACCAGGGGGCGCGAGGACUCCGCGUCGUUUCACUAUGUCCACCAGGUGGCGCUUCCUCCCUCCUCUGGCCCCCACAAGGUCGGGGAGCCGGCCGGCGGAUCCGCCUCGACUGAUUGGGAGACGCACAGCUAAACUAUUUGCAUUAUCUUGAAAGGACCGCGCUGAGUGGUUGAGGGAUAGAAGAAGAAGCUGAAACGGGCUCUCUCAUUGGCUUAAAUUCCCCCCGGCGUCCACAUCCCGGUCAGAUUGGGCCCGGAGGUCAGUCGGAAGCCGCGGGCCUAGUGGCGACAGAGCGCCCAAGUCCGGGUAGUGGGCGCUGCAGGGAGUUGGAGAGGUGCAUCUAGAGAGGGAGGGACAGCGACCCUUGGCACCUGCCUCCACCCACCCACCGGGGUCCUCUCCGCCCACCCGGGCCCCACCCACGCUCCCCUGGGGUUGGAAAAGGAGUCUUUUCAGCCGCAGCUUGUGACCUCUCGGGGUGUCUCACUCACUCAGAGUCGCUCAAAAGUGGGUCCCCAGGGCUCGGAGCCGCUGGGUAUGGGUACCGAGAAUGAAAGCCCAGAACCAGACUGCCAGAAACAGUUCCAGGCCGCAGUCAGUGUCAUUCAGAACCUGCCUAAGAAUGGCUCUUACCGCCCCUCCUACGAAGAGAUGCUGAGAUUCUACAGCUACUACAAGCAAGCUACCAUGGGACCCUGCCUGGUCCCCCGGCCUGGGUUCUGGGACCCAAUCGGACGAUAUAAGUGGGAUGCCUGGAACAGCCUGGGCAAGAUGAGCAGGGAGGAGGCCAUGUCUGCCUACAUCACUGAGAUGAAGCUGGUGGCUCAGAAGGUGAUCGACACAGUGCCCCUGGGCGAGGUGGCAGAGGACAUGUUUGCUUACUUCGAGCCCUUGUACCAGGUGAUCCCCGAUAUGCCGAGGCCCCCGGAAACCUUCCUGAGAAGGGUCACAGCAGGUUGGAGGGAGCAGGUACUGAAUGGAGAUGUUGGGGCUGCCCCAGAGCCUCCCUGCCUCCCCAGGGAACCAGCACCCCCCAGUCCAGAGUCCCGGCCACCUAGGGACCUGGACUCCGAGGUUUUCUGUGAUUCCCUGGAGCAACUGGAGCCUGAGCUGCAGGUUUGGACAGAGCAGAAGGGAGCCCCUGGAGGAGAGCCUGACACCAGAAACAGCUCCCUGCUCCCUGCAGAGAAAGACCUGCCCCAGCCUGCCACCACCCUGUCCCUAGCUGAGUUGCCUCCUGAGCCCCGUUCCUUGUGUCUGUGCUCGGCAGAGGGCAGCGCGCUGGGGCCCCAGGAAUUGGACACGUGGCUGGUGGGGACAGUUCGGGCACUGCAAGAGAGCAUGCGGGAUGUCCAGGGGAGACUGCAGAGCCUAGAGAGCAUGCCCAGCCUCCCCAAGCAGCAGAGGACCCCGCCCAGUGCCCGGCCAUGGCCUCUCAGGCUCUCGGGUCCCACGGUGCUCUUCUUCCUCCUGUGGCCCUUCAUCGUCCAGUGGCUCUUCCGACAGUUUCGGACCCAGAAGAGGUGACUCUCAGUGGAGGGGUCUCUGCAGCCAACUAAGGUGGCCAUGAGCCACCUGUCCUGCUGUGCCCUGAGCCUUCCUAGGGUUUAGGAGAACAGCAUCAACUGCGUCCCCCCCACGACUCAGUGUUGCCUUUGCACCGCUCCCUUAUGGGGGGGGGUGCAUUUAAGAGCCCAUCCUUCCCCGCGACUUCACUCGGACGCCUUCUCCCCUCCCACCCAAACAUCGAGGCUCCCUGGUGAGGGUGUAGGAGUGGUGCACGUCCCGGGUUCUGGGUUGGCCGUGACUCGGGGGCGGGGCUGCCGGGUCUCAGCCUCUGCCCUCCCCUCCCUCUGGAUCACCUGACUCUUCUCCCACCCCAGCCUCUCCGGGUGGAGGGCCAGCUCUUGGGCAAGUUGGGACUUGGGCUGGGGCCUGGAAGAAUGAUUGGCUGAGAGGCUGAGGGAGGGAAGCCCGGAGGCCCGGCCGAGUUGGCGGGGAGGGGAGUGAGCUGCGUUUUGCUGGCCUCCCUCCCCCCGCGCACACACACACUCAGGACGUCUUCACGGAAGAUUCACUUACAAAUGAAUGUUUCACUAAAUAAAAUAAGACCUUAAUCUUC